GAGAGAGAGAGACAGACAGAAAGUGAGAGCUAGGCAGCGCUCUGGAAGCCUAGCCGGUCAUUGCUGUGAUAUUCUGACUGCCCCAGCGGCUGAGAGAGGGGGCGCGUGACAGAGAGAGAGAGAGAGAGAGAGAGAGAGAGAGAGAGAGAGAGAGAGAGAGAGAGAGAGAGAGAGAGAGAGAGAGAGAGAGAGAAGGAUAUAAGACUAGAAGCUUCUUUCCAUUCUAUGAAAAACAAGUUCCCAAAUAGAGCAUCAACAGCAAAGUGCGGAGUGGAGGGAGUGUCUCGUCUCUUCAGGGGGAGGUGCUCACUAACAUGAAGAAGAAAACAGUCCAGAGGAGCUACUACUAGUUGAAGAUCUUUAAGAGGAGCUACUACUAGUGGAAGAUCUUUAAGAGGAGCUACUACUAGUGGAAGAUCUUUAAGAGGAGCUACUAGUGGAAGAUCUUUAAGAGGAGCUACUACUAGUGGAAGAUCUUUAAGAGGAGCUACUACUAGUGGAAGAUCUUUAAGAGGAGCUACUACUAGUGGAAGAUCUUUAAGAGGAGCUACUACUAGUGGAAGAUCUUUAAGAGGAGCUACUACUAGUGGAAGAUCUUUAAGAGGAGCUACUACUAGUUGAAGAUCUUUAAGAGGAGCUACUACUAGUGGAAGAUCUUUAAGAGGAGCUACUACUAGUUGAAGAUCUUUAAGAGGAGCUACUACUAGUGGAAGAUCUUUAAGAGGAGCUACUACUAGUGGAAGAUCUUUAAGAGGAGCUACUACUAGUGGAAGAUCUUUAAGAGGAGCUACUAGUGGAAGAUCUUUAAGAGGAGCUACUACUAGUUGAAGAUCUUUAAGAGGGGCUACUACUAGUGGAAGAUCUUUAAGAGGAGCUACUACUAGUGGAAGAUCUUUAAGAGGAGCUACUACUAGUGGAAGAUCUUUAAGAGGAGCUACUACUAGUGGAAGAUCUUUAAGAGGAACUACUACUAGUGGAAGAUCUUUAAGAGGAGCUACUACUAGUUGAAGAUCUUUAAGAGGAGCUAUUACUAGUGGAAGAUCUUUAAGAGGGGGAGAAGAAGACCAAUAGUGUCUAUUCAGACACAAUUCAAACCGAUAGUGUCUAUUGACUCUACUCAGACUAAAGGAGAAAGACAAAAACUUUGUUGUCGAGGAUGUCUUGGCUGUCGCCCAUGUCAUGGGCCAAGUGGACGUGGACAGCAGUCCGGGGAGCAGAGGAGGGAGAGGAGGUGGAGGAGGAAGAUGGACUGCUGCCUUGUGGAGGGCAGCGAGAGGAGGAGGAAGAAGAGAGAUCUCAAGGCUGCAGUUCAGACUCAGAGGGCCACUUUGAAACCCCAGAGGCUCAGAGCCCUGUCGACACUCCACUCCAAGUCCCAGAAGAGCUGGAGACCUUCACCACUGACAGAGCAGAUGCACUGGAGGAGGAGGAUGAACAGCUGAUAGUGUCUGGCCCAGCCAGAGAUCCAGCUCCUAGCCUCCUAUUUAACCAGAACAUGGGUCAGGCCAAGCCCCCCUUGGUCCCUGAGGAGGGCCCUGUGGACUCAAAGGAGGGGCCACAAACACUGCCCAACACCACAGACACUGCAGAGGUUCAACCCGCAAUAGCAGGCCCAUCAGCCCAGACCAAUGGAGUAGCAAAGGCCACUGCUUCUCUAGACUUAGGUCUACCUGAGGAGGAUAGACCACUGGCUACUUCACUAGACUUAGGCCUACCUGAGGAGGAUAGACCACUGGCUACUUCUCUAGACUUAGGCUUAACUGAGGAGGAUAGACUACUGGCUACUUCUCUAGACUUAGGCUUAACUGAGGAGGAUAGACCACUGGCUACUUCUCUAGACUUAGGCCUAAUUGAGGAGGAUAGACCACUGGCUACUUCUCUAGACUUAGGUCUACCUGAGGAGGAUAGACCACUGGCUACUUCACUAGACUUAGGCCUACCUGAGGAGGAUAGACCACUGGCUACUUCUCGAGACUUAGGCCUACCUGAGGAGGAGAGGCCACUUCCUACUUCUCUAGACUUAGGCCUACCUGAGGAGGAUAGACCACUGGCUACUUCUCUGGACUUAGAACUAACUAAGGAGGCUAGCAUUACUAAGACGCUUUGUAAUGGACACCCCAUAGAGACCAUCCCUGAACCUCAGGCCAAACCCACUAAAACCACACCCCCUUCCCUGAAGAUAAAGAGAGCCUUUUCCAGGGCUAGUGCACAGAGGGAUGGGGACAGUGAUAUCACCCUAGUCCCUAAGGCUAGCUACAACUUCAACCCGGACCAAUUCGACGGCAGCUUCAAUCCGUUCGCCAGCGGCGGCUCCAAGAUUCAGAACUCCUCGCCAGCCGAUGCCCUGCUCACAAUGGAGUCGCUACCUGUACCUAGCUCCCUGCCCACACUGGGGUCGUUACCUGUACCUAGCUCCCUGCCCACACUGGGGUCGUUACCUGUACCUAGCUCCCUGUCCGCACUGGGGUCGUUACCUGUACCUAGCUCCCUGCCCACACUGGGGUCGUUACCUGUACCUAGCUCCCUGCCCACACUGGGGUCGUUACCUGUACCUAGCUCCCUGCCCACACUGGGGUCGUUACCUGUACCUAGCUCCCUGCCCACACUGGGGUCGUUACCUGUACCUAGCUCCCUGCCCACACUGGGGUCGUUACCUGUACCUAGCUCCCUGCCCACACUGGGGUCGUUACCUGUACCUAGCUCCCUGCCCACACUGGGGUCGUUACCUGUAUGCAGCUCUUCUCCGCCGCUUUGUGGGACUAGUUCCUCACCUAAAAUAGAUGUUGAGGAGGUCAAAGAUUCAGUCUCAGAGGCAUCAAAGGAGCCCAAGCCUGUGGAGAUAGAGUUUGGGUUAGACGAGGCAGGCAAGGUAAAAAAAACACCGCCCAGGAGGAUGGGUAAAACACCCGGCAGCAAGCUCGCCGUCAAGAAACCAAGGGCAAAAGCAACGACAACAGCACCUGCCCCGUCGCCGGCACCCGAACCAGUAAUAGCUCACCCGGUAGUGGAGCCGGUUUCAGAAACGACUUCCGAACCACUUUCCAUGCCAGGUCCCUCCUUAAGUUUGGACGACGUUCCUAUUCCCAAGUCCACUUAUCAAUUUGACCCCAACCAGUGGGAUGACCCUAAUUCGAUCCCCUUUUGGGGUGGUGGUGUCAAAAUAAGUAGUUCCCCGGUUUUGCCCAAAGGAUCCUACAGCUUUGAUCCUCACAACUUUGACAACUAUGUGGACCCCUUUAAGCCAUCUACAGCCCUGGGCUGCGAGGACUCAACCUCCCGGGAUACUCCACUUCCUCCGCCAGCAGAGGAAGCAGUGAAACCAAAGCUGGAGCGGCUCCUGGAUGAGGGGAAGAGAAUGUGUCAGACUCCAAAGAAAAGCAAGGACAGGAUCAUCACGACCACUGAACAAGUGAAGUUUCUCUGUUUUCUGUUGAAUUCGUGUAAGGUCAAGAAGUAUGAAAACCAUUCCCUGGUCCUGAAUGUCUGCAAUGAGGAAGAGGAUGUGGUUGUGUCACAGGUCCAAGAAAUGCCCCGCCGCGUUCGCCAUGCCACCGAUGAGGAAAAGCUGGCUUGUAGUGAAAUCAUGGGCCAGAAAGCCAAGGAGGAGGCCGGGGUGGAGGUGGAGGAGGAAGAAGACUCAGUGUGUGCCAAAGGCCCAGCUAAAGGCCCAACCAAAGGCCUGGCCAUCACAGACAAUGUCAAAAGCCAGGCAAUGCUGGAUGGGCCACAGGCGAGGAUAACACACAAUAUGAAGGAAAAGGACAUUUGCAUUUCAAGUGAAGAGCUGUCAAUCACCCCAAGGCCAAAGUUGAUUGGCUGCAAGGGACACAAUGACAAAGGUAGUCCCUCCUCCAUGGAUACCAUAUCGCUAAAUGAGAUGGACAAAGCAGCGGUGCUCACCUUGAUCAGAGAGGAGAUAAUCACUAAAGAGAUAGAGGCCAACGAGUGGAAGAGAAAGUAUGAAGACAGUCAUAUGGAGGUGUUAGAGAUGAGGAAAAUAGUGGUGGAGUAUGAGAAAACAGUUGCACAGAUGAUUGAGGAUGAGCAGCACAAGAGGAGUGUCCUGGGCUCCCAGAAGAGUGUCCAGCAGGUGACUCUGGAGCGGGACCAGGCCCUGGCAGACCUCAACUCUGUGGAGCGCUCACUCUCGGACCUCUUUAGACGUUACGAGAACAUGAAGACCAUCCUGGAAGGCUUUAAGAAGAAUGAAGAGGUGCUGAAGAAGUGUGCCCAAGAGUAUCUGGUCCGCGUCAGACAGGAGGAGCAGAGAUACCACACCCUCAAGAUCCACGCUGAGGAAAAACUAGUCAAGGCUAAUGAAGACAUAGCCCAGGUGCGCUCCAAGGCCGACUCAGAGAGUGUGGCUCUUCAUGCCAGCCUGAGGAAAGAGCAGAUGAAGGUGGACUCCUUGGAGAGAGCCCUCCACCAGAAGAAUCAAGAAAUCGAGGAGCUCACAAAGAUCUGUGACGAACUAAUAGCGAAGCUCGGGACAUCAGACUGAUCAGACCUGAAAUCAUAAACGUUGGAGUUGUUGGAUGAACUGUUCCACCAACUUCUCCCCUCUCUGCCUUUCCAUUGCAGCCAAGGCCUAACCAUCCCCACUGCAGCUAGCUGGUAAAUUACUGUACACACUUCUAUACAAUCUGAACCUAUCUCUGCUUUUAUUACUCAAACACCUAGCGAGUGACUGCAGUAGUCACCCCUAUUGUUUCAGAUUGGAACAAAUUAACAGCGAAACAGCAAUGAGUGUAUAUAUAUAUAUAUAUACAUACAGGUAUAUAUAUACAGUGGGGCAAAAAAGUAUUUAGUCAGCCACCAAUUGUGCAAGUUCUCCCACUUAAAAAGAUGAGAGGCCUGUAAUUUUCAUC